AUGAGGCGCGCGGCUGGCAGGGCCCCAGUUUACGCGCUUUCCACCUCCUUACUGCUCCUUCAACCUCCUCGCCUUCGCCUUCCCGCGCGCUCUUUCCUCGCCGCCCCCCCUCUCUGCAACGCCUUGCCCCUUGCGCCCUCCCUGCGCGCCAUGCCAACGCCGCCCGCCCUAUCGCCUUGGCCCGCCUCGCCGUCACCCGCCCCUCGCAGCGUCGCGCGCAGCCCUUCCGCUGCCGCGCCUGCUCCGACCGCUGCUGCCCGCACUGCCCACCACGCCGCGCGCCUCGAGAAGCGCGCCUGUCGCCCGCUCUUAUGCCUCGCUGCCCGCCAGUCCAUGCGCGCCCCUUCCCCCAUACUACCGUACCUGUCCGCGCGGCACCUCCUCGCCCCGCGCGCGCUCUCCGCCACCAGCAGCGCCCCACACUACUCCGCGCGCUCAUGCGUGGUGGGCGCCGACUGGGGGAGCAGUGCGGGUAAUGCGCAGGGGGGGGCGGCAACGUGGGGAAGAGCGAGGUGGCGGAGGUGGGAGGGGCGGGCGGCGCAGAGUGGUGGGGGGCUGGAAAGGCUGUGGAUGAGGGGGCGGCUGGUGGGUGCUUACUCGGCGUAUGGGCAGGCGAGAAGCACACAUGCGGUGACCGCACCGGGGGCAGGGGGGGAGAGCGACGAGGCGCAGGGGCGAGGGCAAGCACAAGAGCAGGUGGCGCAGGCUCAGGAGCAGCAGCAGGUGGGCGCAACGGGGGAGGGGGAGGCGGGGGGCAAGGAGGAGGCAUCGGCAGCAGCAACGCCAGCGUCGCGUGCGGAGGUGCAGCAGGCAGGCGCAGCAGAGGGAGCGUGGCAGGCGGGCGGUGGUGGUAAUGGCAGUGCAGGCCGUGCACCCAGCUCCUCGCCCUCACACGCGGUGGUGCAUGGCGCUGUGCCGGCUGCGCUUGGGUGGCAGGGGGCGAUGGCAGCGCGGGCAGCAGCAGGAGUGGACGCAAAGAAGAGGCUGGCGGCUCAAGUGGCGCGUAGGCACGCCCAGGGAGGCCCAUUCGCGCCCCUGCAUGGCGGGGACAGUGGUGCUUCGGAUGGGCGUGCAGGCGUGGCAGCGAUGCGUGGGGCGGGAGAAGGGGAGAGGAGCAGUGCAGGCGCACAGCACAGCGGCGGCGGCAGCACGAGCAGGAGGCACAGCAGUUGGCGCAGGGCGAAUGGCAGCGCUGCUGGCCCCCCGCAAGCGUCCAUGGCGGCAGGCGUGGCGGUGCAUGGGCACAGGCCUGGAGGUGGCGCCCCGCACAGCUCAGGGACGCGCAGUGGCGAGGCGGAGAGGCAAGGCUCCAGUGGCACCUCGCACGCCCCUUAUGCCCCUCGUGCUGCCCUGCCGCAACACAGGAAACACAGGUCCCAUCAGCACAGGCAGCGCGCAGCAGAGGAGGCGCAGGUUGAGCUGGUGGGCACGGUGACUCGCGUGGUGGCAGAGAGCAACGGGUGGAUGGCCUUCAAACUCAAUGUCUCCACCAUGCUCUCUCACCCCACAGUGCUGCUCUCAGAGCUUCCAGGGGCGCACGUGCAGCCUGGCAAUGGUGCACGUGCAGCGGAGGCGGGGGCGGGCAGCACGGCAGGGGAGGGUGUGGCUGCUUUGAGUGUUGAAGAGGGCGGGAGUGUGGAGCGCGCAAGAGCAGCAGCGUUGGUGGCGCGGGGCGGGGGCGAGGGGCUGAGCGAGGAGGAGAGGGCGACUCUUCAGCUUCACAUGCUGGCGGGGCAGUUGGCAGUGGUGGGCGUGGUGGGGAGUGUGAAGGCCGGGCAGCAGCUGCGCGUGAUGGGGCGGUGGGUGAGCAGCAAGUAUGGCCCACAGCUUAAAGCGAGAGAGGCGCACGCAGUGCUGCCCCAGGAGACGGAGGACAUAGAAACGUCAGUACCUAGCGGAGCUGCUCGAGCUGCUCCCAGGCGUGGGUCCGAUUUUGAGAAUUCUCAAAAACGGUGCCGUGCCUCACCUCGCAGGUACCUAGCGGAGCUGCUCCCAGGGGUGGGCCCCAAGACAGCCCGUGCACUGCUGGACCACUUUGGUGCCGGCGUCUAUGACACGCUCAACAGCUCUAAGGCCAUCACAUUGCUGCAAGAGGUGCCGGGCAUAGGGAAACUGACAGCGAAGCGCAUCAAGACAGCAUGGGACAAGGCGAGGACAAUGCGGGAGGGGCACAACCAGCUGGUGCAGCUGGGCAUUCCCCCCCUGGCCGUCGUGGAGCUCAUAAGGCAGCACCCAAUGGACGCAGUGAGUGUCGUCCAGGCAGACCCCUGGGCGGCACUGCAGGCUGUCCCAGGCGUGCCGUUCGACCUGAUCGACUCCGUGGCUCGCAAGCUCGGGUGCUCCCCCGCACACCCCUCGCGCCCCUGCGCUCUGCUGCAGGCGUCGCUGGUGGACCUCUGCCCCAACAACUGCCAUGUGUUUGUCCCCUGGUCGCACCUGCUGCGCUAUGCCGCCCGCCUGCUCGCUUCCUGCCACGAGGAAGACCCGUAUGAGGGCGGCCAGGGGGAGGAGUGGCAGCAGCAGCAGCAGCAGGAGGCAUGGGAGUGGGGCAGGGCGAUGGAGGAGGGGCGGCUGGAGGAGGCGAUGGGGGAGCUGCAGAGGAGGGGCGUGGUGGUGGUGGAGAGAGCCGAGGACGAUGGCAGCAACGGGCGUGCAGAGCGUGCAGGGCGUGCAGCGAGCAGUGGUGGCAGUGGUGGCAGUGGGAGCAGUGGGAGCAGUGGGAGCAGCUCUGGGUGGAGCGAUGCGAGUGGGUGGAGUAGUGGCAGUGAGGGUAGUGGGAGUGAGGGCAGUGGGGAUGGCGAGUGGGAGGGGGGAGUGCGUGGGGAGCAGUCAAGCACAGAGGGCGGAGGGUCAGCAUUGGGGCGCAAUGACCGAUGCUACCUCGCAUGGAUGCUACAGGCUGAGAGGGAGGUGGCGCAGCAGAUGGCGGUGAGGGCGAGUCGGGGCGUGCACGAAGCAGAGCAGCUGCAGCACGUGCGCGAGUGGGUGCGGCAAGAGGAGGGGCACGCAGAGCAGCACCUCACGGCGCAGCAGUGUGCCGCGGUGGAGGCAGCAGCGCUAGCACACGUGAUGGUGCUCACGGGGGGCCCGGGCUGUGGCAAGACGUACACCACUCGCCUCAUCACUCGCCUCUGGACCGCUCAGGGCAAACAGGUGAUGCUGUGCGCGCCUACAGGGCGGGCAGCGCAGCGGCUGGAGGAGGCAACGAAGCAGAAGGCGCACACCAUUCACAAGCUGCUGGGGUACUCCUCUAAUGCUGCGGACCAAGAGCUUAGUGCUGCUGCCAUGGGUGUCACAGGAGUGGGUGGGGCGGGCAUGGUGUGCGAUGAUGCACUGGGCAACGACCUGCCGCUGUUUAACCACAACAAGGACAACCCCCUUAAGGCGGACGCCAUAAUAGUGGACGAGGCGUCGAUGCUGGAUGUGCCGCUGGUGGCAGCGCUGCUAGCAGCGUGCCCUCCGGACUGCCGGAUCCUCUUCGUGGGGGACAAGGACCAGCUGCCACCCGUCGGACCCGGCAAGUUUCUCGCUGAUAUCAUGGGGUGUGGGUUUGUGAAGGUGCAUCGGCUGACGCACAUAUUCCGACAGGCGCAGCAGUCGCACAUAGUGCAGCACGCCCACGCCAUCCUCAACGGCACGCGCCCCUCCUUCUACGCGCCCUGGCCUCGCUUCCAUUCUGCUGCCGUCGCCUCUGCCCUCUCCUCCUUGCCUCCCCCCCCCUCCCCCCCCCCCCCCCCACCACCACCACCACCACCACCACCACCACGGAUGCUGAUGCAUCUGCUCCCUCGCUCCCCGCUGCUGCUCUUCGUGCGGAGAGUGCUGGAGAGGGUGACCAGUGGUGGACCAGUCUCACCUCCGACUGCGCGGACGCACGGGGAGAUGGAAGUGGUGAUGCAGCAUGUGCUCACGCGCGUGCUGCCGCACCUCACAGCAUCGCCACGGGACGACGUGCAGGUGCUGGCGCCCGUGCAGCGCGGCCACUUCGGCGUCAUGCUCCUCAACUCCCGUCUGCAGCAGCUAUUGAACCCGCCGUGCAGCAGCAAGAGGGAGCACCGCGUGGGGCCAGACAUGGUGUUCCGAGAGGGCGAUAGGGUCAUUCAGCUGCGCAACGACUACAUGUUGGAUGUGAGCAACGGCGACCUAGGGAUCAUCACCAGGAUCGUCCACGGCGAUAAGAAGGUGGAGCUGCAUGUGGACAUGCUAUCGGGCAGCACCGCCGCCCCACAGCGAGUCAUCUACACCAACGACCAUCUCAAACACCUCACUCAAGCAUGGAGCAUCACGGUGCACAAGGCGCAGGGCAGUGAAUACCCCAUCGUCAUCCUUCCGCUCUCUGCUGACUAUGGCAACUUCUUCAGUCGCAACCUGUUGUACACGGGGCUCACGCGAGCGCGCAAGUUGGUGUUCCUCAUCGGGCGAGAGGAGGAGGCCAUGGCAGCGCUGCAGCGCACGCGGCAGGAGCACCGCCACACGCGCUUGCUGCACCGCCUGCUCGAGUACUGGCAGUACUGCACUGGCGACUCCACACACGGACCCCUCCCACCCUCUCACAGCCCAUAG